UCAUCACACGCUUCGUGCGGACUCGCAAAUUUCGGCGCUGUGUGUGUGGCUGUGACAGCCUUUUUCCACGUUUUUCCUAUUAACGUAUAAUUUUGCUAUUGGCCUUGCCAGUGCACCAUUUAUAUCGAUAAUUAAGCUAAACGUUAGCGAAUUGCGGGUGCUUAGUGGGCGCUUCUUUGUUUGUGCAGCAAUCACAGCAAAACCGGCGAAUAGGACAAUCCACAUAUACGAAAAUGGAGGCACAAAAAUUGACGGAACUGUUGCGCGCAACCAUUGAUCCAAAUCCGGAGCAAAGGAAAGCGGCCGAGGAUCAAUUAGCACAAAUACACAAAAUCAUUGGUUUUGUGCCCACCAUUCUGCAAAUCGUAAUGCAAACUACGCUGGAGCAGCCGGUGAGACAGGCUGGCGCUGUCUAUCUAAAGAAUCUGAUCAAUAGCAGCUGGUCGGAUCAUGAGACUAAGCCCGGUGAGCCCAUACCGUUUUCCAUCCAUGAACAGGAUCGCGCCAUGAUACGUAGCGCCAUUGUGGAUGCCAUUGUUCAUGCUCCAGAGCUGAUCAGAGUUCAGCUCUCAGUCUGUGUUAAUCAUAUCAUAAAGAGCGAUUUUCCCGGCCGUUGGCCCCAGGUGGUGGACAACAUCAGCAUCUAUUUGCAAAAUCCGGAUGUAAAUGGCUGGAACGGCGCCCUGGUCACCAUGUAUCAGCUGGUCAAGACCUACGAAUACAAACGCUUUGAAGAACGCACGCCGCUCAAUGAAGCAAUGAAUUUGCUGUUGCCAAUGAUUUAUCAGCUCAUGAUGACGUUGCUCAACGAUCAGUCGGAGCAAUCGGUGCUGUUGCAAAAACAAAUACUCAAGAUUUAUUAUGCACUAACGCAGUACAGUCUGCCGCUUGAUCUCAUCACUAAGGAGAUAUUCUCGCAGUGGAUGGAAAUUUGUCGUCAGAUUGCUGAUCGCGCUGUGCCCGAUUGUUCACAUCUAGAUGAUGAUGAGCGCACCGAAUUCCCCUAUUGGAAAACCAAGAAAUGGGCGCUGCACAUUAUGGUGCGCAUGUUUGAGCGCUAUGGCAGUCCCAGCAGUGUUGUGAGCGAAAAGUAUCAAAAAUUCGCCGAAUGGUAUCUACCCACCUUCAGUUCUGGCGUCUUGGAAGUGCUGCUCAAAAUCCUGGACCAAUAUCGCAAUCGUGUCUAUGUAUCGCCGCGUGUUCUUACUGAUGUGCUGAACUAUCUGAAGAUUGCUGUGAGCCACGCCUACACCUGGAAGCUGAUCAAACCGCACAUGGUGGCUGUUAUUCAGGAUGUCAUAUUCCCCAUCAUGUCAUUUACCGAUUCGGAUCAGGAACUAUGGGAGAGCGAUCCCUAUGAAUAUAUUCGCCUCAAAUUUGAUAUCUUUGAGGAUUAUGCCACGCCCGUGCCGGCUGCUCAGUCGCUACUGCAUUCCGUCUGUAAGAAACGUAAGGGCAUUCUGCCUAAGGCGAUGGCUACCAUUAUGCAAAUAAUUACCUCGCCCAAUGCGGAUAACAAGCAAAAGGAUGGUGCACUUCACAUGAUUGGCACACUUGCCGAUGUCUUGCUGAAGAAGACGUUAUAUCGCGAUCAGGUUGAGUCCAUGCUGACUACCUAUGUGUUUCCGGAGUUCCAGAAUCCGGCCGGUCAUAUGCGUGCACGUGCCUGUUGGGUUUUGCACUAUUUCUGCGAUGUCCAAAUCAAGAACCCUCAGGUGCUGGCCGAAACAAUGCGCCUGACAACCAACGCCUUGCUGACAGAUAAAGAGCUGCCCGUUAAGGUGGAGGCCGCCAUUGGCCUUCAAAUGUUCCUAUCAUCUCAGGACGAAGCACCGCAAUAUGUGGAGUCUCAAAUCAAAGAGAUUACCAAGGAGCUGUUGACCAUCAUACGCGAAACUGAAAACGAAGACUUGACAAAUGUCAUGCAGAAGAUUGUGUGCACAUUUACGGAGCAACUGUUGCCGGUUGCCACGGAAAUUUGUCAGCAUUUGGCAACAACAUUUAGUCAAGUGCUGGAAUCGGAGGAGGGAUCUGAUGAGAAGGCCAUUACGGCCAUGGGUCUGUUAAAUACGAUAGAAACACUGCUCAGCGUUAUGGAGGAACAUCCGGACGUGCUGCUUAAUUUGCAUCCAAUUGUGAUUAACGUAGUGGGUCACAUAUUCCAGCACAACAUUACCGAUUUCUAUGAGGAAACCUUCUCGCUUGUCUACGAUUUAACGUCCAAGUCAAUUUCAGCCGAAAUGUGGCAAAUGCUUGAGCUCAUUUAUCAGGUUUUCAAAAAGGAUGGUGUCGACUAUUUCAUUGACAUCAUGCCGGCGCUGCAUAACUAUGUUACCGUCGAUACGCCGGCCUUCCUUUCCAAUCCAAACCGUCUCCUGGCCAUCCUGGACAUGUGCAAAACUAUGCUGACUAGCAAUCCUGGAGAGGAUCCCGAAUGUCAUGCUGCCAAAUUAAUGGAGGUAAUUAUACUGCAAUGCAAGGGUCAAAUUGAUUCGGUGAUACACAUGUUUGUGGAGCUGGCUUUGUCGCGUUUGACACGCGAGGUGCAGUCAUCCGAGCUGCGCACUAUGUGCCUACAGGUGGUCAUUGCGGCCCUGUAUUACAACCCGCAAUUGCUGCUGUCCAUUCUGGACAAGAUGUCGCAGCCAAACAACGAACCAAUCAGCUCGCACUUUAUCAAACAAUGGCUGCAUGAUACGGACUGUUUCCUUGGCAUUCAUGAUCGCAAGCUGUGCGUCUUGGGUCUAUGUACUCUAAUCUCGCUGGGCGAUGCCAAGCCUCAGGUGCUUAGCGAGGUGGCGGGCAAGAUUGUGCCAUCGCUGAUAUUGCUGUUCGACGGGCUUAAGCGAGCCUAUGAAUCGCGUGCACAGGAGGAGGAAGAGGAAGAAGAAGAGGAGGAUGGCGAUGAUUGCGAGGAGGCUCUGUCGAGCGAUGAAGAUGAAAUGGAUGAGAUGGCGCCAAACUAUUUGGACAAACUGGCAGACUACACCAAAACGAAAGGCGCUGCUGCCGGCUUUGAGGUGAAAGCUGAACUCAAGGAUGACGAAGAAGAUUCGGAUGAUGAAGCAGAGGAAUCGGUUGGCGAUUUAAAUGAAACUGGCCUUGAAACUUUCACCACGCCCAUAGACGAGGAGGAGAACGAGAGCGCCAUCGACGAAUACUGGACGUUUAAGGAAGUUAUUACUGCACUUUCCGCCCAAGAUCAGGCCUGGUACUCGUUGCUAACCUCGAACCUAACGCCCGAACAGGCCAAAGCGCUGCAGGAAGUGGUCGUGACCGCUGAUCAGCGCAAGGCGGCCAAAGAAUCGAAAUUGAUUGAGAAGCAGGGCGGAUUUGCGUUCCCCCAGACCACCGUGCCCACCUCGUUUAAGUUUGGCUCUUAAUUGAUGGUGGGACACCAACUUAGUACGCUUUUCUUCUGACUUCAUUGUUUCUCAAAUUCUUUCCAUUACGAAAACAAAAAAGAAAAAACCUAGUGGCUGGAACUUGAUAUGAUGGCUGUUGAGGCAAUCUUUAGAUUCUCGUACAUAUUUUAUGUACACAUAUUUACACAUACACGUGUUGCAUGCAUCGACCCAGCGAUGGGUGGGGUGAUCGCUUUAUAUUUAUUGUAGAUUUAUAUUUUUAAAUUCUAUCUUGGCAAUUCCAUGCCAACUAAAUUAUAAUAACUUAAGUUGAAAGUCUAUUGUAUAUCAUUGUAUGUAACUAUAAACGAAAAACUAUUUAGAAGUCGUCUCAUGAAAUGAGAUCGAGCCCAGAUAAGCAUGGAUCAUACACACUCCAGCGUAAAAUGGUCAGAAUGAGAAUUCAAUGUAGAGCAUUUCACUUACAUUGUCUACACACACACACACACUCGUAUAUAACGUAAUAGACGAAGCGAUAUUUUUGAAAAAUAAAAACAUUUUUAACGUUUGAAUUAAA